UAUAUAUCGUACCAUUAUCAUGACUCCACCUUUUCUCCGUGUUCAAAGGUCUAUAAUUAUAAACAUCAUCACCAGAGUCGUCGUCGUCGUUGUCUAGAAGCAUUUUCUCGAUUGCUUUGUGAAACUCCCUUCACGUCCCUUGAAACAUUGCAAUCAUGAGCUCCUCAUUAAUUGGAAAGCCAGCACCAAUCAUCAGUCUUCCCAAUAUCAGAGGAGGACAAUACGAGCUUCCGUUAGGACACAAGCCAAUUGCGUUGUUCUUUUUUCCCAAAGCAGGCACCAGUGGAUGCACGACGGAAGUCUGCUCGUUUCGAGACGCUCAAAAGGAGAAUGUGACAUUUCAGCGGUAUCCAGAUCUAGAGAUUGUCGGCGUCAGUGCGGAUCCCGUGGCGAAAGGCUUGAGCUUCGCGGACCAACAUAACUUACCGUUCCCAUUACUGUCUGACGAGAAAGGCUCGGCUCGUAAAGCAUACGGAGUGGAAAAGUCGCUCUUUGGGCUCGCCGAUGGUCGUGAGACGUUUUUUAUCGACAGACGAGGCAUAGUCAAGGGAACGCAUCGCGGACUGGUCAACGCAAAGGCGCACGUCCAAUUUAUCGAGCAAAUGCUGAAGGAAGCAGGGGAGGAAACCCAGUGAUAACGAUAUCUGCAGA